AAUUUUAUAUCGGCGGCCAUAUUGAGCAAACGAUGUUCGUAGGCUUGGUUGGACAUCGAUAAGGUUAAGUUAAGGAUUUGAAGUUGGCGACUAUCGUAUUUUUUUAGCCUAACUAUUAUAGUUUAACAUACAGUUAAAUAACUUUAUAUAACUAACUCCUGAACAGUAAAUCAACCAAAAGAAACACAAAAAUGUCGGCACAUGACCAGAUGAGGCAAAUGCUAGAUCAAUUGAUGGGAACAGGAAGAGAUGGAGAAAACAACAAGUAUAAGGUUCAUUUCACUGACCCUCGUGUCUGCCGGUGUUUUUUGCUAAGCUGUUGUCCUCAUGACAUCUUAGCUUCCACUAGAAUGGAUAUAGGAGAAUGCAGAAAAAUUCAUGAUCUUGCCCUCCGAGCUGACUUCGUGGCUGCUUCAAAGAGAAAAGAAUACUAUUAUGAUGUUGAUGCAAUGGAACAGCUCCAGACUUUUGUGAAUGAAUGUGAUCGACGGACGGAACAGGCUAAACGCCGUCUUGCAGAAACUCAAGAACAAUUGAGUGCAGAAGUGACAGCGAAGUUAAACAGAGUACAUGAUUUAGCUGAACAGAUUGGGAAAAAGCUAGCAGAAGCAGAGAAACUAGGAGCACAAGGAAACGUGGAGGAGUCAUUCAAGUUACUAGAAGAGGUUGAAGAAAUACGUAAAAAGAAAGCCCAAGCUGAGCAAGACUAUACCAAUUCCAUGCCAGCAUCGAGCUACCAGCAGCAGAAGCUACGCGUGUGUGAGGUUUGUUCAGCUUACUUGGGGCUACACGAUAACGACAGACGGUUAGCAGACCACUUCGGCGGAAAGUUACAUUUGGGAUUUAUAACCAUCAGGGAGAAAUUGGAUGAACUGAAGGUGAGAUGAAAUCUUUACAAUGUA